AGAGUUUUGAGUUGACUCCGCCCUUUCAUUUCUUUUUAUCGGUGCCUCAUCUUUUCUUUAAACAACUCCAAGGAGGGAACAAGGAAGACGAAUACAGAGAAACAGUUAUAACUUUAAUUAUCAUCGUUUCUUUUAUUAGUUUUGACCUUUAAAAAAAAGGGAUUAGAGUGGGUGUGUUUUGUUUGUUGUGGAGAUAUGGCGGUGGAGCUUAUGAUGAACAGAAACUACGGUGGCCUUAGAGUCAAAGGAGAAGAAGGAGUCUUUUCUGCAAACAUGGAAGAAGAAGAAGACACCGCCCUGAGAGAAGCUGCGUCUGCUGGGAUUCACGGCGUCAAGGAGUUUCUCAAACUGAUCGGUCAGAAAAGUCAACCGACCGAGAUAACGGCGGUGACCGACGUCGCCGUCAACAGUUUCAAGAAGGUGAUAUCCCUCCUCGGCAGAUCUAGAACCGGACACGCUAGAUUCAGACGAGGUCCCGCGACGACGAAAACUGAAGAAAGUGGAGGAGAUUGGAAGACGGAGGAGAAACCAGCAACCACAACAACCACCGUCUUGUUAAACAGACAGAACACAGAGCAGAACGGUGGAUCCGCGUUUCGCGUUUAUUGUCCGACACCAAUCCAUCGACGUCCACCUUUAUCACACAACAACAACAGUCCGACAAUAAAGAACGGUUCGUCUUCUUCAGCUAACGGAAGAUCACCACAAGAGCCAUCAACGAUAAACUUCACGCCGUCACCACCUGUCUCAGCGGCGAACUCGUUCAUGUCUUCUCAUCAUAGAUGUGACACCGAGAGUAACCAGAUGUCAUCGGGGUUCGAGUUCACUAACCCUUCCUCUCAGGUCUCGGGUUCGAUUGGUAAGCCUCCGUUAUCAUCAUCAGUUUCGUUGAAGAGAAAGUGUAACUCAUCUCCCUCGGGCCGUUGCCAUUGUACCAAGAAAAGGAAAUCUAGAGUGAAGAGAGUGAUUAGGGUUCCUGCCGUAAGCAGCAAGAUGGCUGAUAUUCCAGCAGAUGAGUAUUCAUGGAGAAAAUAUGGUCAAAAACCAAUCAAAGGCUCUCCUCAUCCUCGGGGAUAUUACAAAUGCAGCAGUGUAAGAGGUUGUCCGGCGCGUAAGCAUGUGGAGCGUGCACUCGACGAUGCGAUGAUGCUUAUCGUGACUUACGAAGGAGACCACAGCCAUGCUUUGGUGCUCGAGUCGCAUCAUGACAAAGCUCUUUAGCUUCGGUCGUUGCCUGCGUGGAAUUUUAGCCGUUCGAUCUGAGUUUGAAGUGACCCUUACUGGUGUUUCUGUCCGAAAUCCGGAUUAGUCAACGACAGAGUGGGCCAUCGUCUGCACUUUUUAUAUAUAUUUUAAU